GAUGACUGUGAGAAGGUCAAGAACUGGCAGAAGGAUGCCUACCACAAGCAGAUCAUGGGAGGCUUCAAGGAGGCCAAGGAGGCUGAGGAUGGUUUCCGGAAAGCCCAGAAGCCCUGGGCCAAGAAGCUCAAGGAGCUGGAGACAGCCAAGAAAGCUUACCACCUGGCCUGUAAGGAGGAGAAGCUGGCGAUGACCCGGGAAGCCAACAGCAAGGCAGAGCAGUCCAACACCCCCGAGCAGCAGAAAAAGCUCCAGGACAAAGUGGAAAAAUGCAAGCAAGAUGUGCAAAAGACUCAGGAGAAGUAUGAGAAGGUGCUGGACGAGCUGAACAAGUGCACCCCGCAGUACAUCGAGAGUAUGGAGCAGGUCUUCGAGCAGUGCCAGCAGUUUGAGGAGAAGAGGCUCAACUUCCUCAAGGAAGUGCUCCUGGACAUCAAGAGACACUUGAACCUGGCUGAGAGCAGCAG